AUAUUCCCAAGCCAACUCUGACUGUUGAGCCACAGAGUUCAUUGUUCACUGGAGACUCAGUUACUCUGAGAUGUGAGGUGGAUCAGUCAUGGGAUGAAUGGGAGUUUAUCUGGAGUAAAGACUCAAACACUGAAUCUACUGAAGCUGCAACGAAAACAAUCAAUUCAGUUAAAGUCUCUGAUGGAGGAGAGUACAGGUGCAGAGCACGAAGAGGAGGACUUUACACAAAUUACAGUGAACCAGUAACAGUGACAAUAUACGAAAGACCAAAAGCCAAAGUGAGCAUUAAACCUGAUCAACAUGUAUUCAGAGGAGAGACAGUCACUCUCAGAUGUGACAUUGAUGGUGAAGCAGUCACUAGCUGGCAGUACAGCUGGUAUAAAGACGGUUCAGUCAGUGUUUUCAGUGAACUACAGGAACACACAUUCAGUCCUGUUACUGAGUCUGAUGCAGGUAAAUACUCCUGUUAUGGAGAAAAGAGAGGAGGAUCACGAGCAUCAAACAUCAGUGAUGCAGUUACACUGACAGUAUCAGAUAAACCCAGAGCAGUUUUAAGUGUUUCUCCACAGAAGUG